AAAUGUCCACAGUGUGCCUUUAUGUAACACCACAAGAGGGCGAAUGAGGGCAAGGCACAGAAACCUCACUGUACAGGAAGAGAAGAAACUGAAGCCGUUCCACAUCAGCACAUCCGCCUGUAUCGACACAGCGAAAACAUCGCAGAUAUACACAGUGUGUAGAAAUGGAGGCAAAGGCAGGUGACCCUUUCAGCAGUGAGGCGGAGGAGCUUCCUGCGGCACGGAUAAUCAGUAGACUCUUUCCUAAAGGGAUUUCUGGGAAUGUAGCGAAGGAGUGGCUUGACCGUAGACGGAAGUCUAUCAGGCCCUGGGCCAGCUUUGUGGACCAGCGCAAGUUUUCCAAACCGAAGAACUUCGGUGACCUGUGCCAGCGUGUUGUGCGCAACAUGGACACCUACCACAGCAACUACACGUUCAUCUUCCUGGGGCUCAUCCUUUACUGCAUUAUCAGCUCCCCCAUGCUGUUGAUUGCUUUGGCUGUAUUUGCUGGCGCCUUUUAUAUCAUCCACCUGAAGUCACUGGAGUCCAAGCUGGUUGUUUUUGGUCGGGAGUUGACCCAUGGUCAUCAGAUGGGCCUGGCUGGAGCAGUGUCUUUACCCGUCUUCUGGCUUGCAGGAGCUGGAGCAGCUGUGUUCUGGGUACUGGGAGCGACGAUGGCUGUGAUUGGCUCUCACGCUGCUUUCCGUGAAUUGGAGCAAUCAGACAUGGAGGAGCUCCUGAUGGAGCCGGUCUAAAUCUUCGGCUCUUCGGCUCUUGAGCUCUGCACACGUUAUUUAUCUGGAUGUCUUGCUUGCACAUUGUUACUGCUUUCUAAUAGGUUGUGGCGAAUGAACUAAAUAUUUAAUCAAUCUAUGGAUCGACUGUUAUUGGGGAAUUGAUGCAUUUUCUUCUGUUUCGGUUGCGGAUCCGAUUUCAGAGAAACGAUGACCAGACGUGUUUUUAAAAGCAGCCUGACGUCGAGUUGCUGAGAGAUUAAGCACAGUAGAACACUUACAGCUUCGUGGGUACACAGCGGAUACUCGGCUCCAUCUGUUACAUGUGGAAGGACUGCAUGUGAAUCAUGCUUCAAAAACAAAAAUAGAAAUCAUGGCAGAAAUCAAAGCUGUAGCACAUCACAUGGGGGGGGGGGGGGACAACAUUUUUUAAUCAAUCUUUAUCUUCUUUAAAUGGCUUCUUCUUCUAAACUCUGCUUUAUGAAGGAAUUGAAUGGAAAUAAAAUAAGGAGUGUUUUUGUAAAAAAAAAAAAUAUGCAGGAAGUUUUUGUGUACGAGGGAGAAAAGCAGUCCAGUGUGCCUGUCUACAUUAUCAUUAAGGUGUUGUUUACUGAUGUUAUAGAGUAUGUACGAAAUGCGGUAUCGAAGAGCUUCACAAAACGCACGUUGCCCAAAAGUGCUUUUUUUGCAAUUCUUUGCGGUCUUUCUAUUGCCUUUUUUUUAAUCACACAAUAUUUUUCAAGUAUUUUUAAUUUCUUGUCUAAACUCGUCUUUUAUCCUCAUGUUGUAUUUCCAUCAAAAGGAAAGUGCAAUAAAGUCCUGCUCCUGUAACGUAUUGCAUGCUGUGUUUGAUGUCACUGCUUAUAAUUUGCCAGGAUGUGUUGAAGGAGAAUAAAAGCCUUUGUAAUCUUC